AUGGACUUUGACCAAGCGUCUGUAGAUGCUGCUAUGCAGGCCCAAGAAGCGAAGCGCAAAGCGGCGCUUGAACAGCACGCGACUGGCGACACGCACUGGGUUCUGAACACAAAAUUCGAGAAGUCGCUCACUGGGAAGCCUUCUAAAGUACCGCGCAAGAUUGUCUACGUUGGCUAUGGCGACAUAGACUCUGAGAACGAGAGUGGCGACGGGGAAGACGUUGCCGCGAAUGGGCGCACAUCAACACACAAGCCUAAGCCAAAGAAUGAGAGCGCGCAAAACCCAAGCGACGACGAGUCUGGCGAUGAAUCUGGACAAGACUCGGACGACAGCGAGGAGUCGAAGCCCAGAAAACGCAAAGAUACCGGCCCGCAGCGAGAGCAAAGUAGAUCACGGUCCAAGUCGCGCACACGCCCAACCGCUGCAGAAGUGAAAGCCAAAGAACUGCGCGAUAAGCGUAGGAAAAAAGAGGUGCGGCUGAACAAGAUUACGUCAAUUUCGGGAGCAGGCGACAGCCCGGCAAGCAACAAAUCCAUGACUUGCUAUAACUGUCAUCAACCUGGACACAGGGCUACUGACUGCUCACGACGCAAGUCUGGUGUACGUAGCAAAUAA